AUGAAACAUAUAGAUGACGAUUCGCCCAGUAGACGAUCUCCAAGACUCGCUGCCAAACAAUCAAAAAGGAAUUCUUUAGCCCUUCAACCAACUCGAAGUUGCUUGAGAAGGAAUGACGAUACAACAACAAACUUUGAUCUUUUACAAGAAGACAACACAAAUCUUAUGGGAAUCACCUGCGAAAAUACGGCAACUUUCACGUUGCGUAAUUUUGAUGAUACUGGAACGCUCGAUGAAAAUGGACGGCGUCGAAAAUCAUUAGGGAGAAGAGUUAGCUUUGCGGCAACAGCUCAUGUCCGUUUAUUCGACAAGGACGAGGCUGCUGAUGAUGCUCCAGCUGCAUCAAAAAAGCCAGAUUCUCAAAAUGAAAAAUCUAAGACGGAAUUUAUGCUAGCACUUCCAGGCACACCUUCGCCAAAUGCCAGCCUUAUAUCGAAUAAUGACCCUCUCAAAAAACAAGCCGACGAGAAUAAUGCAUUACAAGUCGAAGAUCUGAAACCUGAGAUAAACUGUGUAUCAGCACAACAGAAAAUAAAUUCAGAUGAAAAAUCAAGCAUCCAGGAUGAAGAAGUCGAUAUGACUCUUGCUUCUCUCGCGGAUCGGGAUAUAAGCAUUACCUCCAAAGAAUCACUUGAUCAUGAAAAUGGAUGCACACCAGUUGCCAGUCAAGAUGUGACAAAUACAGACGAACAAGAUAUGUCUACUGUCGAAGAUAUGUCGCUUGAUGAAUUAGAUAUGUCACUAGUUGAUAUAAGCUCUAAAGAACAAAAAAGUUGUACACUUGACUUUCCUAUACCUAUACAACUAGAGAUCAACGAAACACCUGUCGAACACACGACAGAUAUGCUAAUCGAUACAGAAAAGGAUAUGCUAAUAGAUCAGAAUCAAAUGCACAGUUUACCAGUUACUGAAAUUUUUGACAUGUCGAUUGUCAGAUCUGAGAAUGAUCAUGAUUCACCGAUAAGAAUAUCACGCGAGGAAAAAAGUAUCACGGAAAAGCAACUCAUAGAACUUACUGAUAUGUCACUGGUUGAAGAAACUCAAAUGAUGCUUGAAGAAGAUAUCGAGAUGUCUUUAGAUGAAGAAGAUGCAUGCAUGUCACUGAGUCAACAAUCAUGUUCGGUCGAACAAAAAUCACCAGAAAAAGUGGUUUCGGAUGUCACCUCUGAGGAACUGCGAUUCAUGAAUGAAGCUAUUGAUGAACAAAAUGCUCAAAUACAAAUCUUUGAAAACGAGUUGGAAAAUCUUAAAAAUGAGUUACAGCACCUUCAAAAUCAUUGUACAAAGUUGAAGAGUGAAAAGUCGGAGUUAAUUCAGGCAAGCGGUCUACAAUGUUCCACGGCCACUAGUUAUCGUGUUGAUGAAGCAAAACGUCUCAUCCAAGACAACAAAUGCUUCACCGAAAAUGAUCUUAGACGAUACCAAGAACAAUACGAAAGUCUUCAAGCUACUCACAAAUGGAGGCCUCAGGAAUUAUCCGGUGACCUCAUUUACAUGAUUUAUGAUAACAGCUUGCAAAUUAAGAUUGACUUAAAAGCUGCCUACAACCAAAGCGAAGAAAAUAAGUCUAGUGUUCUCAAUUUGAGCUUAUACGAAUUGAUGUUAAACAGUUUACUUGAAAACAAAAAUUUGGUUGAAAGUCCGCUACAAAUCAACAAGAUACCAAAAAUAUUUAAAUACAUUACCUCAUAUUGGCAAAAAGUUAAACAAUUCAAUGAGGAAAUACAUGACAUAAAAUUUAAAUUUCCGAUAGAAAUUAUAGCCAAGAAUGAUAGUGGAUGUGCUCUGCAGAUAUGUUUAAAAGUAUUAUUUUUCAAUUAUGAAGGUCGUUCAAAAUUUUUUGUGAACUUUCUUUUACGACCCGAGGCCGUAAUGUCAUAUCCGAAUUUGGAAAAAAAUAUCGAUUGGCAAGUGCAAAAGUCAUACGGAAACAUAAACGAGAAUGCGAUAUCUAAUGCCAUCAAAACACAGCUUCUAAGUGGCAAUUCUGGGUGCAUCAAGGCGGCUUGUGUUGAAGUCAACAAGAAAGGAUUUGCUAUAUAA